AUUGAACCAGUCAUGAAUCUAGCGCGUCUAUUUUGGGCGAGAAUUCUCGUAUCAAUCCUUUAUUAUGCUGUAUCCGCAGACGCCAAUAAGGCCGUAGAUAUUUUUGUGAACAAGGUGGGGCCAUUCAGGAACCCUCAUGAGACUUAUCUAUAUUAUUCUCUGCCCCUCUGUCGGCCGGAGACGAUCAAGUUCAGGAGCAUGUCUGUCGGGCAAGCGCUCGAUGGAAACAAGCUGGCGUAUUCGGAUUUUCGGAUCAAAUUUUUGGAUGUCGUCGUCUACAUCCGGAUUAUGUUCAUCGCAGAAAAUGUCGAAUCAAGGGUCUUAUGUGUAUUGAACCUCACUGCUAAAGAAGUGGAAUUCCUGAGGCGUGCGAUCGACGAGCAGUACUACUUCGAAUUUUUCGUGCAAGACCGACCUGUCGGUGGAUAUCUUGGGGAAACCAUGGAAACGAGUUUGUUACCGCAUACCCACGAGCAGUACCUGUUUAAGCACAUCGUCUUUACUUUUUACCACAAUAAUAAAGAGAUUCUAUCCGCAUGUUUGAAAAUGGAAGAUCCUGUGAGUUUGAAGUCUGCUGAAAAUAUGAAAGGCGUAUCUUACUCUUAUUCUGCACGUUGGAAUUAUACUGAGCUUUCCCCCGACGAAAUGGCUGUCAAGGUGAACAAGUUGUCGAAAAAUAUGGAUAGAAUUCAUUGGAUAUCUAUAAUAAAUUCCGUUGCCCUGAAUAUCCUGUUGGUGAUCUUCAUUAGUGCUAUACUGGCAAAAAUGCUUGGACGAGAGCUUUCGAGUGGUGUUGAAGGGGCAGAAGAAGGGGAUGUCAAAGAUUCGGAAGCCACGUGGAAGCGCAUCAGCGCGGAUGUAUUCAGAUAUCCUAAAUUUAAAAGAAUAUUUUGCGCGGUUGUGGGUGCCGGUAGUCAGUUUUUAGUCCUGAUCUCUGGAUUGGUUGUCAUGGGAAUCAUGAGACUUUUCGAUGUGGCGAAUCAUGGUGCAGCGACUUCUACUGGUUGUGUCCUGUUUGCCUUCACGUGCAUCAUUGCUGGCUACGUUUCCGGAGCUCUGUACAAAAUGAUGGAUGGCGAUAAGUGGGUUUCCUUGGUGAACGUCACUGCUGCGCUCUUCGUGGGACCUUUCUUCGUCGUUUGGGCUGUGGAUAACUGCGUCGCUUGGAGCUAUGGAUCUACUCAGGCUCUUCCAGUUUCCAUCCUCAUUUCUCUCGUUGCUCUCUGGAUGUUCGUUGGCUACCCUUUGACGGUGAUCGGAUCUCUCCUGGGAAAGAAUCUAACGUCUACUUUUGAGCCACCUUGUCGUACGAAGAACGUUCCUAGAGAAAUCCCGCCGUCUCCCAUUUAUUCAGCCUGGCCUGGGCACAUCAUAUUUGGUGGCUGUAUUCCUUGUUCGGCGAUUGCCGUUGAGCUCUACUACAUUUUCGGAGCUGUUUGGGGUCGCGAAGAAUACACUUUGUAUGGACUCCUGUUGAUCAUGAUGAUGAUGCUGAUAUUCAUCACGGCGUCGGUGUCAAUUUGCUUGACGUAUUCUCUUCUGGUGGCGGAGGAUUACAGAUGGUGGUGGAGGAGUGUGUUCAGCGUGGGAGCAUCAGCUGGAUUCAUGUUCAUUUACGCCGUGCUUUACGUGAUCAAACGAACCGAGAUUUCAGGAUUGUUGCAAAUUUCGCAGUUUCUUUCCUGGACGUUGUCUACUUGUUAUGCUUUUUUCCUCGCCGUAGGUUCAGUGAGUUUCUUCGCCUCCUUCGUUUUUGUGAGGUUUAUCUACAGAUCUGUGAAACUAGACUGAAACAUAUUGUCGGCUUAUCAUCGGGAUCAAUUUGAGUGACGGAUUCUUAUGCAACGAUAGUACUUUUUGCACAAAGAGACAAGGUAUUGUUUGAUUUGGUCAGAAAAACACUUACAUUUUUUGUGUCUUAUUCCUCCCACCGGCGAUCGAUUUUGUUGUUGAAAUUUUAUAAGUGAUCUGCUAAUGUUCUUCGAAGACGAAACGACAUUCCAGAAAACUUCGUUGCCACAAUUUAGAAUGUUCGAGGGGAUGCAGGAUUUGUGGGGUGUGAUUUGAAAUGGACGUUUCUUGUGAUAUUUGUGGUUGAUGAGCACGGAAUUCAUGUGGGGUCGCGAACGGUGCGCACGAAACAGUGCUUCUUUGGUGAUGAUUUCGGAACAUUAGUGAGUGGAAAUUAAAUUGCGAGUGAAGACGUUGAA